AUGCGACUGCGGUUUCCCCUUUUCGGGGCGAUACUCUUUACGGCCGUUCAGGGCUACCGUACCGUCAACUACUACACGGGCAAGGUUUCGGUCGGAUUCGAGAAUUUGGAUGAUGCUGCG